ACUGAUGUGUGUCCCACCUCGUCUUUGAGCAUGAACCAGACUACAGCUGUCCUAUCUAGUCUGACUGGUGUGUGUCCCACCUCGUCUUUGAGCAUGAACUGAUGAAGCCAGCUUGGAUGAGAGGCGAAACCUGAACCUGAACAGUCCAGUUGCCCUUCACAUACAAUGACCUGGAUGGAUGAGAAUACUCGCAGGCAAAUCGAUGAUCCAUAUGGCGUAACAUUAGAGUCCGCCUCUUGUAAAUUGGGUUAAUUGGACAAACACAUGUACAUACAUGUCAGUAAGGCCGCUUUUUAUGCUAGUCCUGUUUGUAUGGCGAUUUCCACCAGAACCAAUGAUGCAAUGAGAACUCCGUCAUGACAUCUUUCGGGUGAAUUUCUGAAAAAGCUAUUGGCCAAUUUGACAUUUGGAUGUGGGAUCUGGUUCCAAUUGGCUGUAAGUUUUAGAAGGACAUGUGAGUCAUUGAGGUCAGACACAGCCAGCCAUACACACGUCAAUAAUUAGAAGUAGAGAGUUGUCGCCACCUACUGUAUAGUAUUAAUAGAAGACAAUAAUAAUUUAUAUUAUAUGAAUAUUAUAACAAUUAAUAGAUGACAUCCAUCUGCAUUUUAAAAAUCCCCUUCAGAAUAAAAACGCAAGAAGUCAUGACCCACCAGUUGAGAGUCCUUGUUUUAGAGGCAUUGAAAAAACGUAUUGAUUUGUUUUUUUUUUACUGUCAAUGGAAUUCCUUAAGAAAACACUUUAGUGCUUCCUGACCAAAGCCACAGCACUGUGGAGAGUAAAGGUCAUUUCCCAGCAUUGCAAGCUGAUCUCUUAUGCGGCCAGCAUGACUCAUGCUUACCAGAAAAUAGCUUCUACAUUUCCUGCAUUCCAAUCCUCAUGGAUUUCACAAUCAUUAGGAGGCAGCAAAUGUCUCACAGUUCAUUUUAGAGACAAAACUGGACCUUUAAGGCCGCAUGCUUCUUUUUUCUUGCUUUUCUGGAACUACUUUCUCAGGUGAGACUUUUUGAUUGACCUCAAAUGUGUCCUGUGAUGACACAAAAUGAUGUCCAACUUACUUUUUUUUUUUUUUUUUUUUAAAUAAAGGCAGUAGAUGAAGAAACUGAUGAACACCCUGAAUUCGUGACUAGCUGCUAGUUGUCCUCCCGGGCAUUCUUGUUUUGUGGAGGAUUAUCAUGAUCCCAUGGCUGUUACUUGUCUCUUUGUUCUGCAACAGCGCACAAGAUGGACAUUCAGAAGAAGACGGUGUUUUUCACUGUGGAUCACGUAACAUGACCGUUAAGACUUUAACGCAGAACACGACUUUAAAGCAGACCAUCCUGCUGACAUGGGAGGACGAGCCAUCAUGCGUGUCAGUACGUGAUGUGCUGAUGUAUGAGCUGGAGCUUCUAAUAGCAAACAAGCGAGAACAUUGGGAAGAAGUGGCUGUUACACCAGAUCAAAUUGGAUUGACUCAUUCCUGGAACUGGACUUCUCAUUUGGCAUUGGAAUGCACGGACCACACACUAAGACUUAGUUCUCGAUAUAAAAACCAAACAAGCGGGCGGAAACGGGAGCACACUAUUCCUGGACAUGAGGCCUUGGGCAUGCCUCAGGUUUUUCCACGAGACAAACCGUUUGAAGUUGGCAGCCGAGCUACCUUCUGUUGUGUUCUUCCAACUGGGGAAGUUCUGGACAAAUUUUAUCUGAGUGGAAGUAGCAACAGUCAUUGGAACGAGAGCCAGAUCAGCACCCAUACACACGUCCUGACUGUCGACCUCAGCCAACCCUCGUCUGCCAGUGGCACCGACGUAAAAUGUGCAACAAAGAAAUCUCACAACGGGGCUUGUGCUUACAUUGGAUACCCACCUGCUGACCAGGAUCUUUCCUGUGAAACUCGGGAUUUACAGUCGAUUGAAUGUCUGUGGACAGUAGGACGAAAUACACACCUGCCUCAAUCAAUGCAGACAACCUAUCGACUCCUUGGAAGUGAGUGUGCUGAGGGCUUCAAGGCCAGAUGCUCUCACAAAAUGCAAGUGGAUGCUGGAGAGCGUCUUUGGACUUUAACAGCGCAAAAUCCGCUGGGCACAGUCACGCUCACACACAUGGCAGACCUCACCAAAAGAGUCCACAUGUUUGCCCCGAAAGGAGUCAAAGCCUCCAAGGUUGAUUCCAGAAAUGUCCAUGUGGAGUGGGAGUGGGCAGUGCAAACGUACAAUGAUCUCAACAUAACAUGCCAAGUCAAUGUCCGCCAUGGAGAAACACAUAAUAGCACAAGUCAACAUGUUGGAGUCGGCCUUACUUCUGCAGUCUUGACUGACUUGAUUCCCAAUUGGACAUACGCCAUGAUGAUACGAUGCACAACAACUCAACAUCACUGGAAAUGGAGCGAGUGGAGCUCAAGUGUGACAUUUCACACCCUAGGCGAUGUUCCACAUGCUCUUGAUGUGUGGAUGCAGGAAAAAGACAACAAGACUGUCAUCACUUGGAAAGUACCACUGGCCAACCAAAGCCAUGGCGACAUCAUAGGUUAUGACAUAACAUGGGCGCCAACCAAGACACCUGAGAGACGAGAAAGCACCAGCGUAAGACACCCAAAGAACACUUUGGCUCUCAGUCUGGACUCCAUGGACGAGUAUACAGUCAGUGUCACAGCCAGGAAUUCACACGGAAGCUCUUCUCCUUCAGCUGUUACCGUCCCCAUCCUCAUUCCAGGCGGGGGUGUAGUGAAAUAUUCCAGGAUACUCGGCAGUAACGGUGGUUUCAACCUGUCCUGGUCUACGAGUCCUUCAGCCAGCUGCGGCUACAUAGUGGACUGGUACCCAGUCAUGGGAACAUCAGGAUUGGACUGGCUCAGAGUCCCUCCGAGUGAAACUAAUGUCAAGAUAUUUUCAAAAAACUUAGAAGAAGGCAAGCGAUACUUGCUGUCUGUCCAUGCCUGCACCCACCGAGCUCCUGUGCUGCUGGAGAGAAGAGAAGGAUAUGUCAAGGAGAAACUCAUACAAGAUGAUCUUUUGAAGCCGCUGACUUGGACACAGAGAAAUUCGGAUGUCGUGGUAACCUGGAAGCGUGUCUCCCUCCAAGAGCAGCCUGCUUUCAUCCAAGGCUACGUUCUAUAUUGUUGGGACAACAACAACAGAAGAGUCAGGAAUAUCAGCACAGACAAUCCUCAAGCCACCAGCCUGACAGCAACAAACCUUCCAAUCGGUUCAUACUCCGUCACCGUGAAGGCAAAAACAGCUAUUGGACAAUGCGGGGCGACACAUAUCAAUGCCACCUUAAAUUCACUGACUGAUAACCUGAUCUGGGCGAUCUGCAUCACCCUGGUGACUCUUUUUGGUCUCCUCUCCCUUUUUGUCAUCCUUUGCUACAGACACUGGGAAUGCAUCAAACAGGCAUUCUAUCCGCCGAUCCCGAAGCCCGUGUUGAAGGACAAGUUGAUGUUAUCGAGUGAGCGAUGCUGUCAUCCGGUUUUUGUGGAUAUGAGUCACCACAGCGAGGCAGAACUGAUGGCGAUUCCAAAGCUCCACUGCAAAUCUGAAGCGCCAGAGACAGAUUGUGUCGACCGGCGACCUGCCGCAGCGACAAACAGAUAUUACGAGGAACCAGUGGAAGCAUUCACCAUUCCCAACACAGCCAUUACCUGUCCAUCACCACCACCAUCAUCUCUUGCAAGUCUCAGCCUCACCCAGACCAGUGGAGUUCUGCCGCCCAUCCCGCAGCCUGGCUCUCAGGAGACAGACUAUUUGGUGACGAGGUCCAACGGGUACCAGCCUCAGAGGAAUACUGAACAGCUGGAAGAUGCUCCGGAGAGUCUUUUGCCUUGUGUCAUGACCUAUAUCAUGUUACCUCAGUCACGUUGUGAAUAGUUGCAGCGUACUCAUUCCACUGGAAACACUGUUCAAGUGAGCAGCGCUUUUCUAGCUUACACACAACUCACAGCACUUUAAAGCAGUACUCCCCUGAAAUGUUACUGUUCAUUAAAUUCUUACUCUCAAAUCAAAUGUAUAUAUUGUGUUUUGUGUCCGAGCAGUGUUUUGCGAAUGCUAAAUGCUAAACGCUAGCAUUCGCACCCCGCAAAUGUGCAACCUUUUUGUUUAAAAAUAUUUAGUUUUUGUUUUUUUUCCUCUCAAAAUAGGCCAUUUUUUCUUGCGCAAAACACAUCUCUUCCACCAUAAGUAGGGCCCUAUGUGUUCCGCAUUAAUGGAAUGGCAGAUGGAAUCACGAAAUUGGCUAAUAA